AUGUCGUCUUUCUUCAAAUCUUUUGCGGGAAAUCCCAGGGAGGCGGCUGCCAUGGCGAUGGUGCAAUCCUCAUCUUACAGAGUAUUGUUGGGUAGAAACUGUUCAAAUUUAAGGAGAAACACUCCGUUGGAUUCCUUUCUUGGCAAGGGAAGGUCUUCCGUCAAUGCAUUUUCUUUCCUAUACGUCUCGCGCUAUUCAACUCAACCAAUCAAUGAGUUUGGUCAUUCAUCAAAGCGAAGGUCUCGUGGGCCUGUUAUGGCAGCAAAGAAAGCAUCUGAAGGAGAAAAGCAAGAAGAAGGAAAGUACAAGCACACGGUUGAUUUGCCGAAGACAGGUUUUGGUAUGAGAGCGAAUUCUCUGACGAGGGAACCUGAACUCCAGAAGUUGUGGGACGAGCACCAGGUCUUCAAGAGAGUUUCUGAUAAUAACAAUGGAGGGAGUUUUAUUCUUCAUGAUGGUCCUCCUUAUGCCAAUGGUGACCUGCAUAUGGGUCAUGCUCUUAACAAGAUACUGAAGGAUAUCAUUAAUCGUUAUAAGCUGCUCCAAAACUAUAAAGUUCAGUACGUUCCUGGGUGGGAUUGCCAUGGCCUUCCAAUUGAGUUGAAAGGCAAGUACAUUGUCGUUCUGCAGUCCCUGGAUCAGGAAGUGAGAAAGGAACUUACACCACUAAAAUUAAGGGCAAAAGCGGCGAAAUUUGCAAAAGCAACAGUCAAGACACAAAUGGAGUCAUUUAAGCGGUUUGGAGUCUGGGCAGACUGGAACAAUCCUUAUCUAACUCUUGAUCCAGAAUAUGAAGCAGCCCAGAUUGAAGUAUUUGGCCAAAUGGCUUUGCAAGGAUACAUCUAUAGAGGUAGGAAACCAGUUCACUGGAGUCCUUCAUCUCGUACUGCUCUUGCAGAAGCUGAACUAGAGUAUCCGGAGGGUCAUAUUUCAAGAAGCAUAUAUGCUAUAUUCAAUUUGGUUGACGGUGGAAAAACAAGCCUUUUAGAUGAGUUUAUUCCUAAUAUAUGCUUGGCAGUAUGGACAACUACACCUUGGACUAUUCCAGCCAAUGCCGCUGUCGCGGUGAAUGGAAAGCUUCAGUACUCUGUUGUUGAAGUGAAGUCAUCGUCAGAAGAUGAAUCUGCGUUGACAGGCAAUAAAAAGAAAAUGCCUGGGAAGGUUCUGAAGAAUCAACAAAAGCUUUUCGUGAUUGUAGCUACCGACCUUGUGCCAGCAUUAGAAGCGAAAUGGGGUGUGAAGCUUAUCAUAAGUAAAACAUUCCUUGGUGCAGAUCUUGAAAACUGCAGGUACACACAUCCAAUUGACAACAGGGACUGUCCAGUUGUUAUAGGUGGUGAUUACAUAACAACGGAAUCAGGAACAGGGUUGGUCCACACUGCCCCUGGUCAUGGUCAGGAGGAUUAUGCAACCGGCCUGAAGUAUGGGCUGCCUAUUGUCUCUCCUGUGGAUGACGGAGGAAAGUUCACUGAAGAAGCUGGACAGUUUAGUGGACUCUCUGUCCUUGGAGAAGGGAAUAGUGCUGUUGUCAGUUACCUGGAUGAAAAUAUGUCUCUGGUCAUGGAAGAAUCAUAUGCUCAUAAAUACCCAUAUGAUUGGCGAACUAAGAAACCGACGAUAUUUAGAGCGACGGAGCAGUGGUUUGCAUCGGUUGAAGGGUUUCGCAAGGCCACUAUGGAUGCAAUCAACGAUGUAAAAUGGAUACCACAUCAGGCAGUUAACAGAAUAUCUGCCAUGACCUCCAGUCGAUCUGAUUGGUGCAUCUCAAGACAAAGGACAUGGGGUGUCCCUAUUCCUGUAUUUUAUCAUGUUGAGACAAAAGAACCCCUAAUGAAUGAAGAGACAAUUGAACAUGUUAAGUCUAUAAUCUCCCAAAAGGGUAGUGAUGCAUGGUGGUAUAUGUCAGUGGAAGAGCUACUUCCUGAGAAAUAUCGUGAGAAAGCAGCUGUUUAUGAAAAGGGAACUGAUACAAUGGAUGUCUGGUUUGACUCAGGUUCCUCUUGGGCUGGUGUUUUGGGGAAACGCGAGGGUCUUAGUUUGCCUGCAGAUGUGUAUCUAGAAGGUACAGAUCAGCAUCGUGGAUGGUUCCAGAGUUCAUUGUUAACAAGCAUCGCAACAAAAGGAAAGGCUCCCUAUUCUGCUGUUAUAACACAUGGUUUUGUACUGGAUGAGAAGGGUAUGAAAAUGAGCAAGUCGUUAGGCAAUGUGGUUGACCCACGGAUGGUCAUUGAAGGAGGGAAAAACUCAAAGGACGCACCUGCUUAUGGAGCUGAUGUUAUGCGUCUCUGGGUUUCCAGUGUAGAUUACACAGGGGAUGUACUGAUAGGCCCACAGAUUCUUCGGCAAAUGUCUGAUAUAUAUAGGAAGUUGAGAGGAACGCUAAGAUAUCUCUUGGGCAAUCUUCAUGAUUGGAGAGUUGAUAAUGCUGUUCCAUACCAGGAUUUACCCAUCAUUGAUCAGCAUGCUCUCUUUCAGCUUGAGAAUGUCGUAAAAAGCAUAAAAGAAUGUUACGAGAACUACCAGUUUUUCAAAAUAUUCCAGAUCAUACAACGAUUCACAAUUGUUGAUCUGUCAAAUUUCUACUUCGAUAUUGCUAAAGAUAGACUGUACACUGGGGGAACUUCGAGUUUUACCAGAAGAAGCUGUCAAACAGUUCUUUCAACACAUCUUUUAUCCAUAUUGAGAGUGAUCGCACCGAUAGUACCUCACCUAGCAGAAGAUGUCUGGCAGAAUCUCCCAUUUGAGUACAGAAAUGAAGAUGGCUCUUCAGCAAAAUUCGUCUUUGAACUUAAAUGGCCUAAGUCGAACGAACAGUGGCUUUCAUUUCCUGCUGGAGAUAUUCUCUUCUGGGAAAGGCUUCUCGAGUUGAGGACUGAGGUGAACAAAGUGUUGGAGCUCGCACGUAAUGAGAAAUUAAUCGGUUCCAGUUUAGAAGCAAAGGUGUAUCUGCAUACCGCAGAUGCAGGCAUGGCUUCAAAAUUAUUAAAAAUGUGUGAAGCUCAGAAUGAAGCUGACACGCUGCAACGCAUAUUCAUAACAUCACAGGUUGAGGUAGUGUCGUCAAUGGAGAAGGAGAUGGUAAGCAGUGUACAACACACAGGAGAGUAUGUGGAGGGAGAGAACAAGGUAUGGAUUGGUGUGUCACGAGCCGAGGGAUCCAAGUGCGAGAGGUGCUGGAACUACUCGGUCCAGGUCGGGUCGUUUUCUGACCAUCCUACUCUAUGUGGACGCUGCUUCAAUGUCAUUGUUGCUAAUCCGCCUGAGCCCGUGGUUGCAGCCGUAAUCAGCUGA